GUGUCGACCACCGCUGGCGAUAGCUUUCCCUAUUGCAGCUGUAAAUAUAUGCUAUACCGGCCUGAAUAUGGAUACACCUCGGGACUUACACUCCUAACCAUUUUGUCUGUGAUAUCUCCAUGUGGAUCUGCCUUUGCCCAGGGCAUCUGUCAGUUCCCUUGAAAUGGCGCGGCAACCCGACAAUCGGCUCGUCAAUUUAGCAGUUGCCCGAGUUAUUCCUCCGGUGUUGUUUUGCAUAAUCAUCUACGCAUGCUAUGCUAUUACAAAGACAUUAUGCAUUGACUAUUUGAUCCACCCGCUCGGAAAGUAUAAUCGUCGUAGUCGAGUUGGCGCUGGCGCAGCAAUACUUGCCGUUUUCUACAUCCUAUUAAUAUUUGUGAUAAUAACCUACCUUCGACUGUUAUAUAAUGUGGCUUGGAAUCCCGGUUUCCUACCCCGAAACGCUGUACCCGCGCCGAACCAAGACCCCCAACCGCCAACUGGUCAUUCUCGAGAACAUCAUCGGAGGAAACGAAAGGGACAUCGGAAAACAAGAACGACUGGAAUUUCGGAUAAAUCCGAAAUAGAUGUUGAGAGAGCGCUCAAUCACAAUGCCGGUGCUGCGGCAUUCCCGUGGGACACUGCGGGAUUGGAGAGCUUUUACAGGAGAGACGUCUUCAUCUGUCAACCGGAUGGUAGGCCCAUCUAUUGCUCGCAAUGUUGCCACUACAAGCCAGAUCGAGCGCACCACUGCCGAGAGGUAGAUCAAUGCGUGCGGAAGAUGGAUCAUUUUUGUCCCUGGGUCGGGGGCGUAGUCUCGGAAACAUCAUUCAAAUUCUUUAUCCAGUUUGUGUUUUACACUGCUGUUUUUUGUGCCUUUAUCCUUACCGUGUGUGCAAUAUUUACGGCUGAAUUGAAACGAGAGAUCAACGAUGUCAACCCUCAUUGGGUCAUUGGUAUUGGAUUGAGCGGAUUCUUUGGCAUAUUUACUUUUGGAAUGGCCGUCAGCUCCAUACAACUUUCAAUGUAUAAUCUGACGACGAUCGAGAAUCUCAGCCGUCGAUCUGCAGUUUGGACAUUGGCUAUACGCGUGCCGAACCACUUGCUAUCCCGACUCAACCCAGGGUCACGGUGGGCUCCGACGUUCCACACCAUAACCUACCCUCUCCCCCCCAUGCCACCCCAACCGGUAACUGCAGGAGAAUAUCCUCCGCCUCCACCCCCAGCACCAACGACAGGUGAACAACAUGUUUUUGCUGUCCUCCAGAGCCUUCCCGGAGAAAACCCAUUUGAUCUUGGCAGCCCGAUCAAGAAUCUGCAACAGGUGCUAGGCUACUCAGUUUUUGAGUGGCUUCUGCCAAUUAAGCAGAGUCCAUGUGCGGAUCACAGCAGUCUAGAAAGCGAGUUCGCGCUUGGUCCGGUGGUCUCGCGACUCAAAAAAGAGGCGGGAUUGGAAUCGACACCCAAGCCAGCAAGCGAUGAGCGGGACGAUGGUGGACGAGCGAAACCGAAACACCAACACAGGAGAAGACACCGGCAAGCAGAGUAGACGAGGAUAUUAUUAGUUUUAUAGACUUUGCAUAUAAUGACCACCCCCAUUACAACAUUUUUUUAGCCAAU